UUCUGAUAUGUUGUAUCUUUUUUCUCAUUAGUUUCAUAGAACUUCUUGAUUUCUACCUUAAUUUCGAAGUCAUUAGGGAGCAGAUCAUUCUGCUUCCCAAAGUCAUUAGGGAGGAGGUCAUUCAGUUUCCAUGUAAUUGUAUGGUUUUGAGUUAAUUUGUUAGUCUCAAUUUCUAAUUUGAUUGUGCUGUGGUUCAAGAGAGUGGUUGUUAUGAUUUCAGUUCUUUUGCAUUGGCUAAGGUAUUUUAUGUCCAAUUAUGUGGUUGAUUUUAGAAUAUGUACCAUGUGGUGAUGAAAAGAAUAUAUAUUCUGUUGUUUUGGGAUGGAGAGUUCUGUAGAUGUCUAUGAGGUCCAUUUGAUCUGGUGCUGGGUUCAGGUCCUGAAUAACUUUGUCAAUUCUGUGCCUCACUGAUCUAAUACUGUCAGUGGGGUGUUGAAGCCUCCCACUGUUAUUGUGUGGGAAUCUGAGUCUCUUAGAAGGUCUCUAAGAAAUUGCUUUAUGAAUUGGGGUGCUCCUAUCUUGGAUGCACAUAUAUUUAGGAGUGUUAGGUCUUCUUGUAGAACCCUUUACCAUUAGGUAAUGCCCUUCUUUGUCUUUUUUAAUCUUUGUGAUUUAAAGGCUAUUUUGCUUGCAAUUAGGAUUGUGGCAACCCAGAGUGGUGGUACCUGGAGUUACUGUCUGGUUCUCCAAGAGGUCCGAGCAUACUGCAAAAGCUUUUCCUUGCAGAUUUAUCAGGAUGAGCCUGCAGGCCCCAUGCAGACUCCUGGAGCUGGCAGCGCAGAGCCUGCUGAGAGACCUGUACAUGGAUACCUCCACCCUGGAUGAGCUGCCUGGGGAGGUCUUCCCCCUGAUGUUCAUGGAGGCCUUCAGCAGCAGGUGCUAUGAGAUUCUACAGGCCAUGGUGCAGACCUGGCCCUUCCCCCACCUCCCUCUGGGAUCCCUGAUGAAGACACCUCAUCUGGAGACCUUGCAAGCUGUGCUGGAGGGACUUGAUUCACUGGUGUACAUGAAGGUUCACCCCAGGAGGUGGAAACUUCAAGUGCUGGAUUUGCGGGAUGGUGAUAAGAAUUUCUGGACCACAUAGUCUGGAGCCAGGGCCUUGUCCUGCUCCCCAGAGGCUAAGAGGCAGACAGUGGAUGACUGUCCAAGGAUGGGAGAGCAUGAACCCUUGAUGGUGUUCAUACAUGAGCCCUUGAAGGUGUUCAUAGACGUUGGCCCCAAGGACAGUACCCUGGAUGAAUGGCUGAGCUACGUCUGUGGCUGGAUUCAUGACAAAAGAGGUUUAGUAGAGCUGUGUUGUAGUAAGGCACAGAAUUACUCAAUGCCCACUUCACAUUUCAGAAAAGUAUUGGAAAUGGUAUACACAGACAGUAUCCAGGAGUCGGAAGUCCAGAGAAAGUACUCGCUGAAUAGACCAGGAAAGUUUGCCCCUUACCUGAGCCAGUUAAGCGAGCUUCACAAAGUCUUGUUAGCCUUCGGUUAUGAUCAUGAGUUAACUGUAUGUGCCCAACAGCAGUUGGGGUCUGACUUGGAAACUCCAUCCCUCAGCCUGGGCUGCCCUGAGAUGCUUUUUAAAAGAAAGGUCAAUCAUAACAAAGAGCACUGGGAUAACCUGCACAGGGUUUUCAAAGAUCUGAUGGAGAAAGCUAGAAAGCACCAUUUUCAUCAAGCUGACACAAGAACAGAAAAACAAACACUGCAUGUUCUCACUCAAGUGAUGAACAAUGACAAUGUUCAUCAUUGGUGUUGAGCAAUGAGAAC